GUGCAAUGCUGGCCUACCUGGAAGCUUCACAUCACAAGGUGGAAUGUGCCCUUGCUGAUCUGGAAAACAAAAGUAGACCAAUGCAUCCAUUAGCUGCACAUAUGGAGCAGUAUAGGGACAAACAGGGUGGUAUUCACUCAGUGUUGAAGCUGCAAGGUGUUGGAAUGACAGAUGCUUGGGUAGAAAGAACAGAUCAUAGGCUUUCUAGUAGUACCUGGUCUUCAAAUAGUGAACUUAGUGAAGUAGACAGAGGUGUUGAUGAUGGUACUUCUCUGAUUCAAAGCACCUUUGAUGAAGCCACAUUUAGCCAUUCAUCUGAAGUGUAUACCAACUUCCCAACUUUACAGCCAGCUAACAGCAAUGCACAUGGAUGGUGUCAAGCGCUAUAUUUCUACCAGGCUAACCUAGAUGAUGAGCUCACAAUAUAUGCAGGUGACUUAAUAAAAAUUUUAGAAAAAAUUGACAUAAACUGGUGGAAAGGAGAUCUCAAUGGAAAAGUGGGACUUUUUCCAUCAACCUAUGUACAAGAAUUGUAAUGGAGCUUGUUAUUGGGUGAGAAAAUGAUUAUUGCUAACCACAGGUGAUGAUUUUAUAGCCUAAAGCACGCAUUAAAGAAAUAUUUGUGUAUUGAAUGAGUUUAAAAAAACAAUGUAGAGGCUCUUGGUGAAGCGAAGAGGAAAAGGUCCAAUACUAUUUUAGCUACAUAAGGCAUGAAAAUAAAUUGUUAAAUUUUUAUUGUAAUGAUUUGGAAAUAUUCUAGGUUUAAAUGCAACAACUUUGAUAUCCAUUCCAUUUUUCUCUUUCAAAAUAUACAGUAUUAACUAUAUAUAUAUGAGCUUGGUCAAAAUAACAAACAUUGUAACCAGCAGGUAUACAUAUUAUAACUGAAUUUACUAAGUUUUUUUUCAUAAAAUUUGGCAAACUUUUAGUAAAUGUUACAAGUUUGUGAACAAAAUACUGAAUUACAUCAUACGAGCAGCUUGCAGUGUUUUUUUAUUAAUUUUUUUUUCAUUUAAGUCUUCCUAUCCAACCCUAAUUUUCAUGCUGUAAUUACUUUUAUAAGAAUAAAUAAAAAAUAUACAGUAAAAAGAAGAAAUGUGGCACUUAAAUAUGGUGGUGUACUUUACAGUAAAAAGAAGAAAUGUAGCACUUAAAUAUGGUGGUGUACUUUACAGUAAAAAGAAGAAAUGUAGCAGUUAAAUAUGGUGGUGUACUUUACAGUAAAAAGAAGAAAUGUAGCAGUUAAAUAUGGUGGUGUACUUUACAGUAAAAAGAAGAAAUGUAGCAGUUAAAUAUGGUGGUGUACUUUACAGUAAAAAGAAGAAAUGUGGCACUUAAAUAUGGUGGUGUACUUUACAGUAAAAAGAAGAAAUGUAGCACUUAAAUAUGGUGGUGUACUUUACAGUAAAAAGAAGAAAUGUAGCACUUAAAUAUGGUGGUGUACUUUUUUGCUGCCAAAGUCUUGAUAAAAGUGAACUUUUUGGUGGGGUUGUUGUUAGUACUUCACCUUAAUCUUUGUUUAUUUCAAAUAUGCAAUUUAGAACACAAAAUAAUAACACACACAAAGAAUAGUGUCCUAUAACUAUUAUAUUUUAACUGGCUUACUAAUUAUGGUAUUAGUCGGUUAAUGAAAUGUCUUAACAUUAGCAAAGAAUGAAAUUGUAGGCUAAAUAUUUCUUACUGUUUUGUCAAAAUGAUUUUGCCUUAUAAGGAAUUCUGUAAAUUAAAAUCUUCUCUUUCUACUGUUAGGUCUUUUAGUGGGAAAAGCUGUGUGUGUAUGGUGAUUCACACAAACUUGCAUGUGCAAAUUGCACAGGUGCUUGAAGUGAUGCAUUAUGAAAUAGCAAGAAAAUAUUUUAAUAUUAUAAACAUUUGCAUUAUAUUAGUUUUCAGUUAUAAACAAGAAGAAACUACACAACACUACUGUGUUCAAAAGUUUCAUUUUAAUUUCUACAAGAUCUUUAUGAGGAUUGUCUCAGUUGAUAACUUAAAUCUCCUUACAAUGAUAUUUUGUCUUUGGAUUCCAGUAUCAUAACUUUUCUUAGCAGUUCUGCUUCUCAUGAUACAUAACCCUCCUCCUCAUCCUAUGUUUUUGUAUACAGUAAUUUCAGACUUCCUGUAACUAUAUAACAUUUUCAAUUCGAUUUUUUUGCCUUUGGCUACCAUCUUCUCUGUUUGCUUCACAAGUAAUCUCAACAAAUUAAAGAUUUAUUACUAUGUUUCUAAAUGCAUUUUCUUAGAUUAAAUGUUUCUGCUUUCUUUAGCAGUAUUUAAAAUUGUAAUGUGAUGUGUGAUUGAAAUGGCCUUUCACACAUGUGACAAAUAUGUGUAAUUAUGUUUCUUUUCCUUCUUUAAAAGUUGAUAGACUAGUUACGAGUAAUCCUUUAAGCUUAACCAUUUUUUUUAUGUAGAAAUAUAUAUAGUAAUUUGGAAAAUAGUUUUUGAAUUCAUCCAUUCCUGCUCAUUUAUUAGCAGUGAAUUCCAUGUUCACACUAAGACUGUAUGUAAAACAUGUCAAUCAUAACACUUACUUUUAUGCUAGAUUGAGGCUGAUGUGUUUUUAUUUAAGACAUCCAAUUCAGACUUGUAACUGAUUUGUCACUUUCAAAAAAAUUUUAGACUUUGUAUUCUUAUAAUAUAAACAUCGGGAGAAAAUUAUACAGUCGUGAAAUCUCUUUGCAUUACUAGCCUUGAACAGAUCAAUGAAUUUACAAUAACUUAUUGCAGGUUUUGAAUAAUUUUAUCUGGCUACUUCUCUCAGUUUCAUUCUUUUCUCUCCCUCUUUGUUAACACGUGUUAUGCAUCUCAAUACUUUUGCCCACACCUAUUUAUUCUCUCAACUGAACCAAGACCAAACUAUUGGCUUUAAGUGACUGUGACUAUAUGACUUUCUUAAAUAAGGAGAUUUUAUUAGCCUCGCACAUUAAGUUAAUUGCAUCUGCAUUUUUUGUUAGUUGCAAUAUAAACUGAAAAAGUAAAAAAUGAGUAGGUGUUUAAAUUUUGAAUUAAUUAUUGUAAUUUGAGAAAUAUCUUCCAUCACUUUUGAUGAAGUGUAAAUGAAUCAUUUCCUACUUAAAGGUACCUGUAGAUAACAUUCACUACCAUGAAUGUCUCUACAGGUACAGGGUUUUUCUGCUUUGCCAUUUCACAAAUUUCAAUUGUUAUAGGGGGAGCGAAGUAAUAGUUUAAGAAUGGCUUAUGAAAAUGUGCAUGCUUGUGUAAAGUAAGUGGUUAACAGCAUAAUGGCCAACUCUAAGCAUGCUUGCUCUUGAUUUUUGUAGAUCAUUCUUACAGAUCUACUGAACCAGCACCUUCACUAUAGUUAAUUGUCUCUGGAUUAAACUGUUUACCAGUGAUGAAAUUUCAAGUGUUGCAUAGACUUAACACAAUAAUUGGACAAAAGUCAUUAGGUAUUAAACCAUUAUUUUUCAUGUUAAAGCAUAGCUAAAGCAAAAACUAUUUGAGAUAAAAAUUAUAAUAUAAGUAGACAAGAUAUGGAAUAUUUGUAUGUACACAUAUUCAAGUUCUUAGAGAAGAUAAAUUAUGCAGCAAAUGCAUGUUUUUCCAUAUAACAAAUUAUUUUUAUAAAUACAAAAUAAGUAAUUUAUUUUGUAAACUUUGGGCUUUUUUGAUAAUUUUUCCAUAACAUUGGAAGAUAUGAUUUUUUAACAUGUCUCUACCUUUUGGUAAUUUUUAUGUGUAGGUUGCUUAUUUUUGUUCAAACUAUAAAAUGAUAUAUUUUCAUUUAAUAUUCAGACUUGUUAAAACACUACUUGAGUGUCUACGCUGAAGAAAAUGUACUUUGCAUAUAUAAUGUUAUUCUAGUGACUGCUAACCAAAAUACAUUGUAAUUUUUGAGUAGUGUUACAUUUUUAAUGUGUUUUUUUCUCCACGUAUGCUAGUAAUGCAUUACGGGUACUUAGACUGUCAUGUUUUUGUAAGCUUUCAUAUAGUUGCACAGCUCCACAAUGCUAUAUGUACCACACAAACAAAUUGUCUGUAGUUGUUUUAUCAUCAUAAUCUAUAUACGUAUGUUCUUGAAUUUGUAUUAUUUUGUAGAGCUGAUCAAUUAACUCUGACCAUUAGGUAUCAGUUACAUUGAUUUAAUAGUGUCACAUAAGAUAAUUAAUCAAAAUUGUGACAAAUCAAUUAAUUUCAUGAAAAUAAUAAAGAUUUUUUUUCUUCUGUAAUCCAAGUAAUUAAUAUAGUUUCUCAUUAGUAUUUUAGAUUAAUUCAAGGUUGUUCAGCUUAAUUGAUUAGUAUAACAACUUGCAUAAAUAAUCAACUAAUCAAAAAUUAGGGUUUCCAUUUGUUCGAAGUCUCAUUUGAUAAUAACUGAUUAGUUGAAUGUUAAUGAUUAGCAAAUUCCACAAAUUAACCCAACUCUUAUUUAAAAAUCAUAAUGAUCUAAUCUCUUUCUCUCUUUUUUUUUUUUUGACUACUUAUUCAUUAUUAACUUUUAUAAUUGUAUAAUUAAAAUAACACUAUUUCAAAGCAUUUCUUUGGAUAAAAGAAAAUAAUUGAUAUUAAAAUCAGGUGUCUUAAUUUAGGUUGAUUAAUGCAUAGCUGAGACAGUUAAGUUGGACCAAAUUUAAAGCAGUGAUAUAAUGCAAGGAAUUGAUUUAUUUGAGGCAUCACAGGAAAUGUUCUUGAAUACAGUUUGUAUCAUCAACUAACAUUACAGUGAUAAUACUCUGGGACAAAAGUAACUUUUAGUUAUUAAACUGAUAUAGACAGACUUAAUAACAUGUAUAAGGACUGUUCAAGGUUACAACCCUUCAAAGGACUUCUAUAAAACUGUUUAGUAGUAAAAUAGUAGUAUGUUAUUUAUAACUAAUACAUAUUAAACAACUAUUCAAAUGGAGAAAGUACACAUUUAUUUAUAUAUAUUUACUUGAAGCUAAAUAUGUAAAACUACAGUAAUUAUCAAAUCCGUGCUAUUAUUGUGUGUGAUUAGUGUAUUUCUAUAAAAUGGUUAUUAAUUUGUCAUUCAUUUUGCUUUUGUCCUUAAUGGUACCAGACAAAAAAAAAACAUGAGGAAUGUAAUAUUUUUAUAACUAUCACAAAUCAGUAUCUUGUUUAGUUAUAAUAGGAACAAGAUGGAAUGGUUAGUGAUUUUUUUAAAGUUUAAUCUGCUUUGAAACUAUUUUUAGUAAUUUUUUUUGUACAAAUUCUUCUUUUUUAGCAGUUAUUAAAACAGUGUUAAAUAGUAAAAUAUGUAGCUUUUGUAUAUGAUUGU